ACGCCACGCAAUUCAAUUCUCCAAGAAGCUCAGUAACCACACAGAUAGAAAAAACAAACGAUGCUAAAAAACCAUCUCUAACUACCUCAUCCACCCCUCUCCUCCGUCACUAAAACCCCGCCAAAAUCAUGUCCUACUCCGCCGCGUCUUCCACCACCAUCACCACCGCUUCAAUUCUAUCUCCUUACUCCACCACUAAACAUCACCACUACCAAAAUCUCCUACCAUACCCUUCAAUACCCACUUUCAAAUCCACCAGACUCACCACCACCAAAACCCAAGUCUCUUCCUCCCCCACCAACAAACCCACCACCUCCGCCGCGAUUCCCACCAACCCCACCUCAAAAGCCUCCCAAGAAACCAUAUUUUUCGACGGCGGCGCUCACUACGGCGACUUACUCGCAAAUCUAGUUCUGGGUUUUACCCUAGUAUGGCUUCCCUUAACCCUAGCUGCAGUUUCAAGGGCAUUCUUUUUGAGGUACAGGUUCACAAAUUUAAGGGUAACUGUAAUUUCUGGGUUUACUGGAGAGGAUAGAAGUGAUUUUUCGUACAAAGUGAUUAAGGAUGUUCAGGUUGUUCCUAGGUUUAUUGGGGAAUGGGGUGACAUCAUCAUUACCUUAAAAGAUGGGACUAAAGUUGAUUUAAGGAGUGUCCCUAAAUUUAGGGAAAUUGCUAAGUAUUGUCUUUCUAUGACUGACAAGAGUGACAAGAAUCCUGUCGUGCUCAAAGAAACUGCUCCUAAAGCUAAAGGGUUUUGAUUUUUUAUUAACUAAUUGAGGUAUGUAAAUUUUCUCAUUUCUUUUGGUAUUUUAAUUCUAUUUUUUGGGGGGUUUAGUACAAUGUUUUGUUGGUUAAGUGCUAGCAAUAUACUGUAAUAUGUGUUGUAAUUUUGUUGUAAAGUGAAUGAAAUUUGGUAUAGUUUUUGGUUGUUUCA